AUGACAACAUCCACCACUAAUUUCAGUGCAUCUGAAGCUCACAGCAAUACAGCAGUUCCUACAUUAUUGAAGGACAAACAUGUUGUUGAAGGUGAUGAUGACGAAGCUACAGCUAGAGAACAAUCUGAGACUCCACGCCCAACUCGAAGCAACAAACAGUUUAAAUCAAAUGUAAGAAACGUCGAUAUCAUUAAAUAUUUAAUCGGAACGAUUGCUGGUAAAGAUAAAAUUGCGAAGUUUUUAAAGUGCAUUCUGGAUAUUGUCAAGAAAGUAUCUUUGAUGUUUCCAAGCCAAUUCCCUAAUGUUAACACAAAAGAUUUGGCAUAUAUUGGAAAUCAAUUAUCUUUAUUCAGAUCCAUAAUGAGAUUUGGUUCAGCACCAUAUAAUGUUGCUUCAUUGAUAAACAAGAUAUUACAUAAUAAAAAUUUAUUAAAAAAUCCCUCAGUUCUCUGUAAUCAUUUAUUUGUGGAGAAUGUUAUAGAUGUAUACUCUACAGUUGUUGACCAAUUAUCUUUAUUAAGCAAGUUGAAUAUUAUCAAAAACAGAAGUCUCCGUGAAAGAAUUUCUAGAAAUGAUACUUUAGCUACAGAAGUUGAUGCCAUAUACAGUUUACAAAAGGCUUGUUUAACUUAUCAAAAGAAUAAAUCCCAAAAGAAUAAAAAGACUGAUAUCAUGAACAAGAUCGAUGUGGUACGCUUCGCAAUGGAAUUGAUUUCAAAUACCCCUGAUUUAUUUCUAAUCAGAUCUCCACGUGUUGAGAAAAUGAUUUCAUUGUUCUCAACCGUUUGUUCAACAGUUUCUGCCGUUUUGAACUUGGUUAGAUUAUGGAUUCUUGCCAAGGAACAUCAAUUGGUUAAAUUGUCCGUCUAG